AAUCCACGAGGGUCGCAAAGACGGUCCCUCGGUCCAAGCACAACACGCCGUUCAGUAGCACGCCUCCGGUGUAGUCUGACAGGCGGCCCCACGUGCUGUUUCCUCUCGGCCGACUACAGUAAUUUUGAAACCGACAAAUCAACUAUGUUACCUUCGAUUCUGGCAGUUGGUAUCUUUCUACGAACUCUCAUACCAGUGUUAUCAACGGUUAGUUGGGAAGAAUGGUGGACUUACGACGGUAUAUCAGGUCCGGCGUUUUGGGGGUUAAUAAAUCCGGAGUGGAGCCUGUGCAACAAAGGUCGACGGCAAUCUCCCGUCAACUUGGACCCGGAUAAGUUGCUGUACGAUCCAAACUUGACUGAAUUACACGUGGAUAGACAGCGGGUGGACGGAAUCAUAUGCAACACUGGUCACAGCGUCAUGUUCUAUUUAAAUCACAACACUAAAAAUCAUAUCAACAUCACUGGAGGACCAUUGUCGUACAAGUACCAAGUCUAUGAGAUACACAUACACUACGGUCAACAGGACGAGAUGGGAUCAGAACACUUAAUUAAUGGCUAUUCGUUCCCGGCAGAAAUUCAAAUAUUCAGUUAUAACUCUCAACUCUUUGCCAACCAUUCGGAUGCAGUACAGAGAUCGCAUGGCAUCGUCGUUUUAUCAUUACUCGUUCAACUUGGAGAUUUAUCAAAUCCAGAGUUACGUAUUCUCACAGACCAGUUAAAUAUGAUCAAAUUUAGCGGUGACGAAGUUCCGGUAAGACGCUUAUCACUCGCGGAUCUGUUGCCCGAUACCAAAUAUUACAUGACCUACGACGGUUCUACCACGGUUCCGGCAUGCCACGAAACUGUCACUUGGUUGAUUUUAAAUAAGCCGAUUUACAUAACUAAACAACAGCUGCACAGUCUGCGAGGUCUAAUGCAAGGAAACAAGAACCAAGCGAAAGCGCCGUUGGGAAACAAUUUCCGUCCUCCUCAACCGCUGCACAAUCGGUUGGUGCGCACCAAUAUCGAUUUCCACCGAAAGGACGAUGACAAAUUUUGUCCGAGCAUGCACAAAGAAGUAUACUACAAGGCCAACGACUGGAACCAUCACUAAUGACGACUACACACCAUCAAAUCUCAAUGAUAUUUUGUUAGAACAAUCGGAGCGUAAAAAACUACAAAAUAUUACAGCUGAGAAAUACAAUUAUCACUAAUAUUAUAAUAUUAAUACAUGUAACUCAACCUACUUGCACUCGAACUCCUAUCCCGAGGCCCUGGACUGAAUGGUUUUGGUACAUACGUAGAAUAAAAGCUCAGAUUUUCUCAGCAUCAUUGUUAAUUUUAUUUCCCACACAAUAAAACAUAAUAAUACUUUCAAAAUACUGUCGAACACGUAUUAAAUAUUUUUUAAUUACGUUUCAAUGAUGUUUUGACAUAAAAAUUAAAUUUAAACAAAUAAAUAUUAUUUCAAAAAUGAAUACGAUAUAAAAAUACUGGAAAUAUUUUCAAAACAUUCAUACAACUUUUUGUUAAUAUCAUUUUUGAAACACUGACAUUUCGGUUAAUUAUGAUUUAAGUACCUAUAUCUUCAACAUUUUGACAUUUCUUUGCUGUUUAG